GAGACUUCAGAGAGGAAUAGGAGCCGAGGAGCAAUUCAAAAACAGCUGUCCGGCAGACGUCCCAGUCAACAGAAGAGCAGCCGUGGGGCAGAGGCAGGAGGCAGGACAGUGUCAACACACACACACACACACAGUGACGAGUGCAUUGAUCAGGAAGCGGCGCUACUUCUGAAGGAUCUUCAUCUAUAAGACAGCAACAGUCCUCACCGGAAUCCUCCACUCGAUCCGUGCUGCAGCUGUUGAAAUGCAUUUGUGAUACCUGCGUGGAUGACGUAAUUCUGAGAAUGUAACUCCAGCCUCUCCGAGGGGAUCUGUAACAUCCACAAGUUGUAGAGUGACUCCCGCUUCUGUCUGAACCCCGCAGUCACAGUCAUGCCAGCAAAAGCGCCCAUAUACCUGAAACCCACCAACAGCAAGAAGGGGAAAAAAUGCCGCCUGCGCGAUAUUUUGUCACCAGACAUGAUCAGUCCGCCACUUGGCGACUUUCGGCACACCAUCCACAUUGGCAGAGGUGGACAGAGAGAUACCUUUGGAGACAUGUCCUUCCUCCAGGGGAAGUACGAGCUCCUACCAGGGAAGGGAGAGUCCCAACCUCAGUAUGGCAUCCAAAGUGAGUUUCUGCGAGCAAACAGCACAGGCGACGCUUCCUUUGUGGAGACCCCAUCUCCUGUUCUCAAGAACGCCAUCUCCCUCCCAACCAUUGGUGGCUGUCAGGCACUUACCCUCCCGCUUGUUUCCUCUUCUGUAUUCUCGAUGCCACCUGAGCCACUGGGGGACAUAACGGGGCCUACAACCCCCCAUAAAAUGGACAGUGUUGAGGACGUGCAGAUGGACACUUUGUUGCACCCAAUUGACAACUUCAGCAGCAAAGCCUCACGUCCCUCUAGAGAUGCCCAGUUAAAGCCUGACGUUCUUCUGGAUCUGCUGCAGAGCACGCCAAAGCCCAACUCUAAAGCAGUCACCAGGGCUAACAUGGAAAACAAGAGAGAGAGCAAGAUUGACACGCCAACAAACUACUACAUCAAUGGUCAUAGCAACACGCGCUACAAAGCUAACGGAAGCCUUCACAGCAAUACAAGCGGUGACAGCUUCGAAAGUUUUUACGCAAAAGAGGAUGACAAAACCAAAAUCUACAAUGACAAAGGUUAUCUCAACAAGAGCAACCUUUUUGGACAUUUCACCAACAACAUUAACUUGGAAUUCAAGGAGCUCUCCAAGUGCAAUGGAGAGUGGGUGGACAGAGACAGUGGGGUGGAGGACGGCCGCAUCUGCGAUUUGGACUUUGAGUUUUCCAAAGAGAAGAGCACAUCACAGGAGUCGCUCGCCCGGAUCACAGGCUCACUGCUCUCCCUUGAACUUGAUCUGGGCCCAUCCAUCAUGGAUGAUGUGCUCAAUAUCAUGGAUAAACCCGCAGUGAAGAGCAGGCCUUGAGCAGGAGAACAGGGAGUGGUUGUAUGGUGAUGGUCGUAUGAUGACUCCAGCCGUGAGGAGAGAAUGGACUCAAAAUAGGGAAAGAGCGCAAUCAGGUUUUAGCCUUGUGAUCGAAUGUGCUAUGUUUUCAUUAUCAAAACAUAUAAGUAUUCUGGCUUCUAUGGAGUGUUGUUAUCCUGUUUUUAUUUUGGCCAUGCCGGCAUGUUCAUUUGCAUGUACUUCAGACUUACUCUAUUGUGCCUUUGAUUAUCAGAUUUUUGUAAAUAUUCUACAUAGCAAUUAUCUGCUCCUUCACGGACUUCCACUGAAUAUUCAUUUUUUUACACAGAUUUGAGUGUCAAACACUGUUUGUGUUUGUGUUUGUGGGUUAAACAAAGCACUAUUGGGUUUUGUCUCUUCGAUGACUUGCGAUUUUCUAUGACAGAACACUAUGCAUAUUUGUGUUUUGGAAUUGUAACACAAAUAAAAUGGUUUUGUCCGAU